AUGGUCCCGGUCCCUGCCCUCUCUCUCCUGUUGGCCCUGGUGGAAUGGGCGGGGCCGGCCGGCUCCUCCCCCCACCUCUUGCUCCGCCCCCGGGAGCGUGAGCGAGACCCGGUGGCGUCGAUGCACUUCAACAUCGCGGUGAUCCACGCGGGCUCGGUGUCGCAGGGGGACGGGGCGGCGGCCGCGACAGCGGCCGGGGGCAGGGUGCUGUACCCGGGCUUCGGACGAGUCCACAGCAGCUUCGGCGAGAGCGUCGUCACCCAGUGGGGCUCUGCUAACGUCAUCUGGCUCCAGGUGAAUGACAGCAGUCCCAGAACUCUGCUCUCCCAGCUGUGUGACCUGCUGGCAUCCAGACCCUUGCAGGGGCUGGUUUACGAGGACGAGCGGCCCUUCCCCCUGGCCUCGGGCCCGUUGGCUCCCAUGCUGGAGUUCGUCUCAGCCCAGACGGGCCUCCCCAUCGUGGCUGUCGGAGGGGGAGCAGGCUUGGGACGCGUGCCGCAGGAGAGCGGCUCCAUCUUCCUGCAGUUCAGCUCCUCCACCGCUCUCCAGCUGGAAGUGAUCUUUGAGGUGCUGGAGGAGUAUGACUGGACGGCCUUCUCCGUGGUGUCCACACGUCACCAUGGAUACCAGGACUUCCUGUCCAUGGUCGAGGGCCUGACGGAUGGCUCGUUCAUCGGCUGGGAGAAGAAGAGCGUGGUUAUGCUGAACCUGACCGACGACCCGGGCGGAGUUCGCACACGCCGACUGCUGAAGGAACACGAGGCACAGGUGCGUCUGCUCUACUGCUCCCAGGAGGAGGCCGAGCAGGUGUUCCACGCCGCCUGGGCCGCCGGCCAGGCUGGAGCCUCUCACAUGUGGUUCGCCGUGGGCCCGGCGCUGUCCGAACUGGGCCUGAACGGCCUGCCCAGCCGCCUGUUCGCCGUGCGGCCGCAGGGCUGGCGGGACGAGGCUCGCCGCCGCAUCGCCCGCGGCGUCUCUGUGCUGACGCACGGAGCCGUGGCCCUGCGCAAGGACUACGGUGCCACCGGGGGGCCCCACUUCGUCACCAACUGCCAGAUGGAUGGGAACCGCACGCAGAAGAUCCGCGGGAGAAUGAAAUAUUUCAGCAACAUCACCUUGGGUGGGCGGGAUUACUCCUUCAAUAACGAAGGCUACCUGGCCAACCCCUUUCUGGAUGUCAUCUCUUACACACCCGGGAAUGGCUGGGAAGACGUAGGAUGGUGGGAGAACGGAGUGCUCCGUCUGCGUUACCCUGCCUGGUCUCGCUACGGCCCUUUCCUGCAGCCGCCAGACGACGCGCAGCAUCUGAGGGUCGUGACCCUGGAGGAGAGGCCAUUUGUCAUCGUGGAGCUGGCUGACCCCGCGUCCGGAACCUGCAUCCGGGACUCCGUCCCCUGUCGACGACCCCUCAAUGCCACGGCUUUUCAGGAGGGUGUGGCUCCGCUGAAACAGUGCUGCAAGGGCUUCUGCAUCGACAUCCUGAAGAGGUUGGCCAGGAUCGUGGGUUUCACCUACGACCUCUACCUCGUGACCAACGGCAAACACGGCAAGAAGAUCGACGGCGUGUGGAACGGCAUGGUGGGGGAGGUGGUGUAUAAGCGUGCGGACAUGGCCAUUGGCUCCCUCACCAUCAACGAGGAGAGGUCGGAGGUCAUUGACUUCUCAGUGCCCUUUGUGGAGACGGGGAUCAGCGUCAUGGUGUCCCGUAGCAACGGAACGGUCUCCCCCUCUGCUUUCCUUGAGCCUUACAGCCCUGCUGUCUGGGUGAUGAUGUUCGUCAUGUGUCUGACCGUGGUAGCCGUUACCGUCUUUAUCUUCGAGUUCUUCAGCCCCGUUGGCUACAACCGCAGCCUGCAGAACGGCAAGAAAGCUGGAGGCUCCAAGUUCACGAUAGGCAAGUCCAUUUGGCUGCUCUGGGCUCUGGUCUUCAACAACUCCGUACCUGUGGAGAAUCCGAAAGGCACCACCAGUAAGAUCAUGGUACUGGUGUGGGCCUUCUUCGCCGUCAUCUUCCUGGCCAGCUACACGGCCAACCUGGCAGCCUUCAUGAUCCAGGAGGAGUACAUCGACACCGUCUCAGGCCUCAGCGACAAGAAGUUCCAGCACCCGACGGAGCAGUACCCACCGCUGAAGUUCGGCACCGUUCCCAACGGCAGCACAGAGAAGAACAUCCGCAGCAAUUAUCCAGACAUGCACCACUACAUGAUCAAGUACAACCAGAAGGGGGUGGAGGAGGCCAUCACCAACCUGAAGACGGGCAAGCUGGACGCGUUCAUCUACGACGCCGCAGUGCUGAACUAUAUGGCGCGCAAGGACGAAGGCUGCAAGGUCAUGACCAUCGGCUCCGGCAAGGUCUUCGCCACCACGGGCUACGGCAUCGCCCUCAUCAAGAACUCCCGCUGGAAACGGCCCCUGGACCUGGCCCUGCUGCAGCUGGUGGGCGACGAUGAGAUCGAGAUGCUGGAACGCCUCUGGCUCUCGGGCAUCUGUCACAACGAUAAGAUCGAGGUGAUGAGCUCCAAGCUGGACAUAGACAACAUGGCGGGCGUCUUCUACAUGCUGUUGGUGGCCAUGGGCCUGAGCCUGUUGGUGUUCGCCUGGGAGCACCUGGUCUACUGGAGGCUGCGUCACUGCAUGAGCAACAUGGGCCAGACUGGCAAACUGGACUUCCUGCUAGCCUUUAGUAGGGGAAUGUACAGCUGCUGCAGUUUUGAGGAUGAAACCGCUCAAGGCGGAGCCAAACUCACCAUUCCCACCCACCACCACGCCUCCGUGGUGGCGGCCCCUCCCUCAUCCCACGUCGUCACGACGGCCGUCGCCAACCCGGCCAUCGCCAUGGUGCCCCAGCAACAGCAGCAGCAGCAGCAGCAGCAGCAACAGCAACCCCCUCAGCCGCCGCAGUCCUACAAGGCUCAGCUCCCCGGCUCACCCCCUGCCGUGGUGCAUUCUGGCGCAGCUCUGGGGCCCUCUGCCCCGCCCCUUUUGGGCGCUCCUCUCCCUUGCUCCACGUUCCUGCCCCGCCCGGACCGCAGGCUGGCAGUGGUGGACCGCUGGAGGCUUCCCAAAUCGGCCAGCGCCACCGCGCCCAUGGGCGUCAGGGGGGGCCUCUCCGACAUGGGGCCCUUCCCACCCAAAGUAGCUCCUACGUGGGCCGGCGGCGGAGCCGCUGGGAGCGGCCUGGAUGGAUAUAAGCGCUAUUAUGGCCCUAUUGACCCUGAGGGCCUGGGGCCAUGUGUGGACCAGCAGACAGGUUCCCAGACUCCCAAAACCCCCAGAAGGGGUCAGGGGAAGGGGGUGAAGUCUAUGGGGACUCCUCGGCUGCCCCCAAAAAGCCAGACCCCAGCCCCGCUCCCUCCUAACCCCCCACUGCAGCACCCCUCUCCCCCUCUCCCCUCAUCCCUUUGGAGGAAGCGACGGCCCAAGAAGCCAAAAGAGCCCGGCGGCCCACUGUACGAGAACAUCCUGCCCCUGGGCCGGAGAGGAGGCGGCCGGGACGCCGGGCGCAGGCCGAGGCCGUCUCCCCCUCUGCCCAUCCCCGUGCCGGUAACUCUCUCGCCGACAUACACGCCUACGUCCCCCUCCCCCUCGUUCCCCUACACCUCCACCUCGUCCUCCACCUCCAGCACCAGCUCCUCGACGACGUCGUCCGCGUCUUCCUCGCGAUCCUCCUCGCCCUCGUCCACCUCCACCACCUCGUCGCGCAGCACCAGGGACCGAGAGGCAGAAGAGGAGGAGGAGGAAGACCUAGACGAGCUGACCGAGGAGUCCAGCCUCCUGCAGGGACUCAACCGGGGCCGGGAGCGCGCCGUCCUGUCCCCAAGGUCGCUCUCGCACGGCCCACCCCCACCCCCCGUGCCCCCGCGCAAGCCCCGCGGCCCGCGGGCCGAGCAGAGCCGGGAGAGGGAGGGCAGGAGGGACCGGGAUCGAGGCGGGAGCCAGCUCUCCCAGCUCCAGGAGUGGUGGGCGGGCUCGGGCGAGGCGGAGCGCAGGCGCGAGCGCAAGCGGCGGAAAGAGCGGGAGAAGGAGAAGAAGAGGAAGAAGAAGAAGAGCAAGAAGCGGAAAAAGAGGGAGGCGCGCGAGCGGGAGAGGGAGCGCAAGCGGCGGAAGGUGAAGAAGAAGAAGAAGAAGGAGGUGAAGACGAAGAGGAAGAAGAAGGCGCCCGCCGGCAGGCGCUCCGAGCCGGAGGAGGGCGACGCGGAGGCGGAGCGGGAGGGCGAGGGCGAUGUGGAGAGGGAGGGGGAGUACUCCUCCUUCUCCACCCAGUACCGCAGCGCCUUCGGAGACAAGGGGAGCCUCUCCGCUUGGGAGGGAGAGCGGGAGCGAGGGAGGAGAGAGGGCGGGGAGGAGGUGGGGGACGAGCGCGACGAGGAGAGCGGAGGGGCGCGGAGCCGGGAAAGGCGGCCGAAGGGCGGCCGCGCUCGACACCGGACAUCCGGCAAGCGGUACCCCAACCUCAAUAAGCUGCCCGCCUCCGUCAAGUUCUGGGUCACCGGAGGAGGUACGGAAGCGUCUGGAGGCUCCCCGCCCUCCUCUCUGCACGCGCUCCUCCCGUCGGGCAAGCGGCGGAGGAGCAGCGGGGCGGAGAGGGAGGCCGGAGGGAGGCUAGGGGAGCGGCGACCGCUACUCCUGCACUACGAGAGGGCGCACACGCGCGAGGAGAGGGAUCGCGUGCGGGUGGAGGAGAGCUACUCCGACGAUGGAUCGUCGGGGGAAUUUGGCCGCUUUGAAAGGUACUGGGAGGGAGGUGGAGUGGGCGGGGCUAGCGGGAUAGGGGGUGGGGGCUGGUUUUUCGGGACCUACCCUGCCCGGGAGAAAGGGGGAAGCGUCAACAGCCGAGACGAUUCUGUCCUGGGCCGAUCUGAAGGGUGGGUUGGGGGCGAUUUUUGGGGUUCAGGCCCGGGCAUCGGCUGGGGCUCUGGAGGGGGUAGUGGGGGGCUUGGCUCGCAGUGGCCUCCGCUUCCCACCUCACUCCCACCCCCUCGGCGCUACUGGUCGGUAGAUAAGCUGUCCAUGAAAGGUGAGAAACAUGGGCGCAGCGGGUCAAAGGGCAAGGGUCAGAGAGCUCGGAGCCGGGAUCAAGAUGCCGCAGCAUGCUCAUAUGCACAAUUCAGCCACGGCAGACCUCACGAGCGCGGGAAGCGGGGCAGUGCAGCCUCCCACAGCCAGGAGGAGCUGCUCCCCCACUGCCAUAGCUUCAGCGGGGGCUCACGCCCCAAACUGCCCCCUAAACCCGAUGCCACCAUGUCCGGCAGCCAAUCCAACCUCAGCACCCAGCAGCUCCAACAUUCGGAGCCUGUCCCCAGCACGGGGCAGCCCCUCCUGGCCUCUCUGCCUGUGACGUCCUCCCCCUCCUCACUCCCCAUGUCCAUGCCGGUUCCCCCUACCCCUUCCUCUGCGUCCGUGUCCCCGCCUCCGGCGCUGUCGCCCGGGGCGACCAAGGGGGCCUCCCAGUCCGCGGCGGCCAGCGCCAAGCUCCAGUACCAGAGACUGCGUUCGGUCCCCCAGCCACGGCGCUUCUACUCGCCCCACCUCCCCCUCAAAGCCAAGAGCCUGUGCUCGCGCCGCGGCUCCGCCCACUUCUCCAGCCUGGAGAGCGAAGGCGCCGACGGCAGCCGUGCGCACCGCUGCGACGACGGCGCCGGGCCGGCAGAGACGGCCUCCCCUGGUGCGGAAACUCCGGUCGUGCUCCACCUCCGUUCGGAACUGAGCAUUACGAUGUCAUCCCUAGUCCUGUCCUCCAACGAGAACGCUGGAUCUGGAAUCUGUGAGUAA